CCCCUCUCUCUCUGUCUGUCUGUCUCUCUCUCUCUUCUGUGGUGGCGCCCCGCCCCCUCUCCAUCCGUAGUUCUGCCUCUCUUUCAUUUCUUUUCCUUAUUUUAUCUCUAUCGCUUCCUUCGCCGUGCGCAUGUGGUUUGGUUUACCUGCACGCAUAUAUAUCUAGGUAGGUAUGACAUCCAUGGAGUAUGCCUAUGUAUGCACAUGUAUGCGCAUGGCAUGUGCACAGAGAAAAGACGUCGGCCAGGGAGGGAUGAAGGAAGCGAGCCCAAGACAGAAAGAAAAAAAAAAGAGGCGACCAGGAUGACCGACAACUUUCGAGGCGACCCCAAGAAAUAACAUUAGCAGCAACACCAAUACCCGGAUCGAUCAAUUGCCAUCCAUCGCUAGCAUCGACCCGGCAUGGACAAGAGAUAGCCGCAUGUCCCUAAAUAGAAAGGAUCCGGGUCUCCCUACCUACCUCCCUAGCUGCCUACGUACAUGCUGUACAUAUAUAUAUAUAUAUAUAUAUAUAAUAUGUAUGUGUGGGCGUGUUGUGUUCGUGCGUGUGUACGUGUCCAAGUAUGCGGUGGUAGUGGUAGUGGUAGUGGUAGUGGUAGUACUUGUCGUAGUAGCAGUUAGCGGUGGUGGUGGUGGUGCUGCUGCUGGUGGUGUGGUUGCACCGCGGUGACCCAGGGGACUGGUUGGCGCAAUACCGUGCUGAUUCCAUCUGGAUUCCUCGAUGGGGGGCGGGACUUCGAGCCGGCGGAACGUGGAGGGGACGAGGAGAGAGGGAACGACGACGACGACGAACUAGGGGUGACCGGGGAGG